GGGGAAAAACACGCACCUAGGGGACACUGGGACAGACGCACCGAGCCCCUGCGCGUCCCCGACCUCGGCGGCUCGGCUCCCGAUCUCGUUGGCUCGCUGCCUGUCUCGCCGGACGCCGUCGCUGUCUGCCUCCUCAUCGCUAGACGCCCAGGAGCCGCCCCACCCGCCCAGCGCUCGGCGCCACUGCGCUUCCCUGACGCCUCUGCAAGCCGGCGCCGGCCGUCCAGUCCGCUCUCCGCCGAUUCCGGCACUCGGCCGGCAGUAAGCCUUGAGCCCUGUUUGAGGACUUAAGGUGGCCCACUGGAUUAUUUGUUUCUAGCUCAGCCACUGCCUCAGAAUAGUUUAGGACCUGAGAAGUCCUUUACUCCAUUAGGCAAAACAAUGGAGUACUGUGCAGCCACCCCUGUUCGCCGCCCUGCCGACCCCUCUUCCCCAUCCCCAACCCCAUCUCCCUUAUCUCUGCGCCAGUGGCGCCCAGCGGCGCAGCGCAACCUGCGCAACCAGUGGUCGCGCCUGCUUGCCGCCAAGACCCAGUGGCUGGACGCCGCCGCCAGCGGCCGCUCCCAUGCUGCCACACUCGUCAACGCCUACCUCUCCCGCAGUUACAUGCCAGGGAUGGAUUUGGGGGUGCUCAAGGACAUGCCCAGGAUCCGCGACAGGGCGAGCGCCAAAUUGGCCCACAAGGAGGUGCAAUGCCGCGAGAUGCUUCUAUCAGCCUACAAGGAGAUGGUCUGUGCCAUGUCCGACUUGGUUAAAGCUUCUCUUGCCAUGCGGUGUUUCUCCAAAGUAUCUUCUGGUAGCCCACUAGUCCGAUUUACUGACCGCCAGGAUGAUUUGAAUGAUUUAGGGGAUGGUGGAGGAGCUCCAGUACACAGAUGGGUCUCCAUGUUAGAAUUUGAAAACCUCGCCAAAGAGCUUGUUGAGAUGUUUGUUUCAGAGCUACAAUUGAAGAGGCUGAUUGUCUUGGACCUCCUGUCAAUUAACUUAAAAGAAGGUGUAGAUCCUUCAUUAGAAUGGUCAGAUGAGUUAUAUGACGGGGAAUUCAACGAAUUUCAGAGUAUUGGCCUGGGGUCUGGAGACAGCUUCCCACUACCUGAGAAUUGGAAGGCUGAUGUCUUACAGGCACGGCGACCUGGACAUACUCCAUCCCAUGAGGUUUUACAGGUUUAUUUAACCUCCUGGCUUGCUAACGUGAACAUCAAGACGAAUAGAAUUGACGAAAUAUUUGAGCUUGUUGGGGAAGAGAUGCAAAUCAAAUUGCGUUGAAGAUUUUGAUGCAUAGAGUUCGAGCAAGAACUAUUCGGGAAUGACCCAUCUUCCCUUUCAGGGGUUCUUUUUCCUUAGCAGCCUAGGCCAAUUAGCUUGUGUGAUCUGCCCCAAGAAAGAGGGCUCGUCUAAUCUUUCUCAAAUCUAUUACUGAUAUUCUUGAGUUGUCUGCUGGUAGUAUUAAAGAUUUUCUAAGUUUUCGUCCAAAAAAAAGGAUCUUCUAAGUUGGUCAAGCAAAGAAAGGUUGACACCACAAGAAAACCAUCUUAUUUGCACAUGGGUCUGAGGACAUUUGAUUAGCCCAGCCAUGUGUAAUCAUUAAGCCUGUCGUCUCUGGCCAUCAUUUCUCGGAACGUUGGUCUAGAUGCUGUACAGUAUUCGAUCUUGGCUUAUUCCAUCUUACACUUAAA